GACCCUUGUGGGCCCCGAGAGGCGGGCGAUCCCCCAUCCUUUGCCCUGCCUGCCUGUCACCAGCCCCUUUUCUCUCACACGCGCACACGCACGGUGACUCACCCAUGCGCCCAUGCGCCCAUCCACCCACCCAGGCUGGGAGUGGGAGAGAGUCGGGUGUCUGGGAUCUCCAGACUGGCUGGCCCAAGUGGGGGAAGACUGCUUUGUUCCCAGAGCAGAGAUGGCUCGGGGGUGGGGACUCCCCUGAGCUCAGUCUUUGCCGCCCGCCUGAGGUCUGCAGUGGUGUGGGGAGGGAGGUGUGGCCAGGAUCGCCGCUGCUGCUGCUGGGAGGUGGGGCCAGCCACUGACUGAGCCAGCCCCUCAGCUGCCUCUGGAGCCUCCAGCCUGGCCUGUCUCCCCAUUUGGGAGAAGAAAGGCAUCGGGGGCCUUGGGGAGGACACUCCUUCCAGUUUGGAGAGAGACCCCGGCCUUCAUCCCACUGCCUGGCCCUGCCAGGGUUCAGCUGAGGAAGAUGAAACUGCAUACAGUGUACCAACAGUUGAAGCCGCGCCCUGAGGAGCAGCUUCCCUCCCCGGCUGUUUCCUGGAAACCAGGAGACAAGAAAGUCCGAUGGGUCCUGUUGGUCAUGACACUGACGACAAUGGGCCUGGGCGCCCUGCUCACCCAGCUGCUCCUGUGGCCCAAGCUCAGGACCUCCCAGGAGAGGAGCCAGCCACCCAGCAGCUCCGUCUGUGAGGAUCCCUGCCAGAUCGUCCUGGUAGAGAGCAUUCCCGAGGGCCUUACCUUUCCCAAGGGCCCUGCCCACCCUUCCAUCAGCCAGGCUUGGCUAGACCUGGUGGCCGGUGCCCAGCACAGCCUUGACAUAGCCUCCUUCUACUGGACUCUCACCAACAAUGACACGCAGACCCAGGAGCCUUCUGCACAACAGGGUGAGGAGAUUCUCAGACAGCUGCAGGGCCUGGCCCCGAGGGGUGUGUCUCUGCGUGUGGCCGUCAGCAAGCCCAGGGGCCCCCAACCCCAGGCCGACCUGCAGAGCCUCCUAAGGAGUGGGGCCCAGGUUCGGAUGGUGGACAUGCAGAAACUGACCCAUGGCGUCCUGCAUACCAAGUUCUGGGUGGUGGAUCAAACCCACAUCUACAUUGGCAGUGCCAACAUGGACUGGCGGUCUCUGACCCAGGUGAAGGAGCUGGGGGUAGUCGUCUACAACUGCAGCUGCCUUGCCCAGGACCUUGGCAAAGUGUUUGAGGCUUACUGGUAUCUGGGCCGGCCAGACAGCAGCAUCCCCUCGCCCUGGCCAGACAAUUACACCACCCACUACAACCUGGAGACCCCCAUGGAGCUCCAUCUCAACGGGACCCCUUCCCAGGUCUUCCUCUCGAGUGCUCCCCCAUCACUGUGCCCUGGGGGCCGCACCCCGGACCUGCGUGCCCUGCUCAGCCUGGUGAAUGAUGCCCGAGACUUUGUCUAUGUCGCUGUCAUGAACUACCUUCCCAUCAUGGAGUAUUCCCACCCUCGAAGGUUCUGGCCGGCCAUCGACGAUGCCUUACGGCGAGCAGCCUUCGAGCGGGGGGUUCGGGUGAGGCUUCUGGUGAGCUGCUGGGGCCACUCGGAGCCCGCCUUGCGCCCCUUCCUCCUCUCCCUGGCCGCCCUCCAGGACAACCACACCCACUACAACGUGCAGGUGAGGCUCUUCGUGGUCCCCUCCAGUGAGGCCCAGGCCCGGAUCCCUUACGCUCGCGUCAACCACAACAAGUACAUGGUGACAGAUCGAGCUGCCUAUGUGGGCACGUCCAACUGGUCGGGCAACUACUUCACGCAGACUGCAGGCUCGGCCCUGGUGGUGAAUCAGAGCGAGGCCGUGGGCCUGCGCACCCAGCUCCAAGCGGUCUUCCUUCGGGACUGGGACUCCCCGUACAGCCACGAGCUGGACAGCCCAAGCCUGGUCGAGGGGCACUCCUGCCGCCUGCUGUGAGCGCCCACGCCUCACCGCUGCCGAGGGGCUCUGGGCGCGUGUCCCUCGUGCCGACCCAGGAGCCUCAUUUGGGGGAUGUCUCUUUUCUGACCUGGUAUCUUGUCCUCCUGCUCCUCCCCCUCCUCCUCGCUCUCUGCCGUCUCUAAGUCUCUCUGCCGCUGUCUCAGUCAGUCUUUGUGGCUUCCUGUCUCUUGAGGGUUCUGUCCUGCUUUGUGUGGAUUUCUUCCCCAGUGUCUUUCUCUCGUGUCUCCCUCCCAUCUCUGUCUCUGCCUCAGAAACCUAGGCAAGCUGCUUGAGUGGGUGUUCCCGCCAUCAAAGGGCAUGAGCCCGGGCAAAGCCAAGGUGGCAGAACUUGGCCAGGUCCAGCCGGAUGCCCCAACUCUUCCCAGCUCUCCUUGAGGCUGUGGAAUCGAGGGGAAGAUGGGCCCUCCCUGGGGUGGUGUCCUCAUCUCAUGAUGAAGGGGAGGGGGAAAUAGGGCCUAGGAAGGGACCCCCCCCCCCGGGGGCCGCCCCCUCCCUGCCCCCAGACUAUCUGCCAUUUGAGCUGUGUCUGCAGCCAGGGAUCCCGAGGAGAAUAAAGUGUCUAUGAGGCAAGG